AUUGGAGGACAGGGAGUUCAAUUUCAUGUCGAAGGGAAGAGUUUCGUUGUGCUUCUUAAGAAGCCGCCAUGAUGGAAGUACAUUUAUAUGACUCAACAUUUUGUAGAUUAUGUGGUGAAGAAAAUUCGAAUGGUGUUCUGUUAUUUAAAAACGACGAAUCCGAUACUGAUUUAAGCGGACUUGUAAAUCGUUACCUUCCGUUCAAGGUAUAUGAUGAUGGCAAGCUGCCCAGAACCAUUUGUCCAGGCUGUAAUAUUCAGUUACAGUCGACAGUUCAGUUUUUUGAUUUGUUGGUUGAUGGGCAAAAGCGAAUUAGGGCCUUAUGGAAAAAUCAGUUAGAAUAUAUGAGGAGAGCAGAAAAAGAAAGGCUGCGAUCAGAAAAUGAAGGAUCUUCAGAACUUCUUAUGACAACCACUACAUCAGCCCAUGAUCCGAAUGCAUCGGAUACUGAAGGAGAAAACAGAAUUGUCAUUCAAAUAAUGGCUGAUGGAUCUUUGUACUCCACGGAUCAUGAAAUGACCCUGAAGAUGGAAGGUCUUGACAAGCCGAGGAGGAAAAGAGGUAGGCCAAAGAAGGUGCCCCAACCAGAACCAGAACAGCCCCCACUACCAGCAGAAGAACCAGAGCCCUCAAAGGAUGAAGAGCUUCCACCAGAUGAUGAACUGGAUGAAGAUGCAGAUAAAAGGCGUAGACGGAAACGAAAGGCUCCCAUAAGGUAUCUGGAAGCAGUGAGAGGAAAGGAAUUGGAAAGAAUGUUCCGUGAAGAAGGUGUUAUUGACGAUGAUGAACCAGAUGAUGGUGAAGAUGAUGAAGUGGAAGAAAAAGUUGCUGAUGAACAGGAUGUUGGAGAAGAGGUAAUAGGUCAUCUUGAAAAUCAAGAAGGUCAAGACUUGGGUGAACUUGUAAUAGUCAACAAGAGUAAAAGUCGGGGUCGACCACGUGGAAAGCGGAGAAAACAUCGUUUUCAAUGUGAGGUGUGUGGUCGUGGAUUUCAACACAAAGGCCGGUACAUCAUUCACAAGAGUUACCAUAAGGGUGUCAAGUAUGAGUGCAGUGAUUGUAAUAAACGAUUUACCAGUCGUGAAACCUUUGAACUUCAUCAGAAGACAACUGGUCAUUCUGGAGAAGGUAUAAUUGAAGGUCUUGAAGAUGGAAAAGAUGUUAUGGAACUACCUGCCAAAAACAGAUUCCCUUGCAGUCAAUGUGACAAAACCUUUCAAACAAAACAAAGUUAUGAGGUUCAUCUCAAAGCCAUUCAUGAAGGCCAAAAACCAUUCAUCUGUGAAAUUUGUAGUAAAAUGUUUGCCUAUCAUAACAGUUUAAAAGCACACAUGACUGUUCAUGAGGAACAAAGAACAGAAAAGGGCUAUCCCUGUGAAGUUUGUGGAAAGACCUUCAAUCAUCCAAGUUCAGUUAUCUAUCAUAAAGAGGCAGAACACAACAAUGGCAGAAGAUUUGUGUGUAACAAAUGUGGGAAAGGUUUCAAACACAAACAGCUCUUGCAGCGACAUCAGCUUGUACAUUCUGAUAACAGGCCAUUUGCUUGUAAAGUAUGUGGUGCAACAUUCAAGACCAAAGCCAAUUUACUCAACCACCAGCCAACUCAUACAGGCGAGAAGAAAUAUUUCUGUGAACUUUGUGGCCAGCAAUUUGCUCAUAAGACAAGUCUCACACUCCAUUACCGAUGGCACACAGGCCAUAAGCCAUACCAAUGUCAUGUUUGCAACAAAAGUUUUUCUCAAAAUGGAAAUCUGCAAGAACAUCUUCGUAUACAUACAGGAGAAAAACCAUAUUGUUGCGAUUACUGUGGUCGGAAAUUCACAACUUCAUCUCAGUUCAAAUUGCAUGUAAAGAGACAUACUGGUGAGCGUCCAUGGAAAUGCGAGUUCUGUGCAAAGUCCUUCUUGCACAAGGACACUUGGAAGUGUCACACCCGCCGUCACAAGGGGGAGCGACCUUUUCAAUGUCAUUACUGUGCCCGCAGCUUCACAGAACAAUGGGCCCUCAAGAAGCACCUGCGUUUGCAUACAGGUGAAAAGCCUUAUGUGUGUAAUGUAUGCGGGAAAGCAUUUGCUGACUGUUCUAAUCUCACAAAGCAUAAGAAGGGGAAGCAUCGAGAUUUAAAGGAAGAAGAAAAUCCUGUUUCUCAAGACACUGUACCAGUUGAUGGAACAGUAUGGAAUAUCAUUCGCAGCCAUUUGUCAAAUGAGGCAGCAAGAGGGGAAGGCACGGAGGAUGAUGGUACUGGAGGGGAGGGUGUCAAAAAAGAGGAUGACAUUCAACAAAUUAUUUAUGUUACAUACCAAGAUCCAGAGGAUCCUGGUGAGGCAAGAACCUUGCAUAUUGUGGAUGGCAUCCAGGAAGAGGCUGCACCUACAUUACAGGAAGACAAAAGUGAUCCUCUGAGUCAAAUUACUGCAGAAGUUCAGCCUGAAGAAGUAGUGGGUCCAGAACCAGACCCCACACAACUUCAGCUAGACCAACUGUCUCAGACUGCAACUAUCCAGCUGGAACCACAGCUCCAUGUUACAGAUCAAGAUGGAAAUGCUAUUCAGUUUACCAUCCAGGAUGGGAUUCCUACUGGUAAUGUCCAGUCUAUAGAAGUUGCUGGUACAAAUUUUCAUUUAACCUCAGACGGACAAGCCUUUACUGCAGGUCUUGCACCACAUCUACCAACUGUGACCGAGGGUGACUCGGAGGUUCCUGAUAUUCCAGGUGAAAAUCAACAAGUUAGUGCUCAGGCUGUGACAGGUGACAUGUUGGCUCUUGUGGGCAGUGAUCAAACUCUGGAACUUGUGACACCUGAUGGACAAAAAGUUUAUAGGUUUGUAACUGCAUACAAUGUGGAUCAGCAGCAAUUGGCAGCUGAUUACUUAUCAACUACCUGAAAACAUUUCUCAUUUAUCUCUUCAAAAUAUUUUUGAAUCUUAUAAGGCUGUGAACUGUUACUGAAGAGUGUGUAAAUGCAACUUUAGAUCAAGUGAAUGAUUUUCUUGUAAGUUUAGUGUUCUCUUUUCAUUGUUAUAUAACAAUAAAUUAACUUUACUUUCAAAAAGACUGUGUUGCUGUGUUCUUUAUUUAUUAGAUCACAAAUAAAUAAAUAAAAAUAUCUUUGUAUUAUGAAAUCAUCUUGUAUUUUGUUUCCAAAUACCUUCUGAAAUGUCAUUUUCAAGAGGUUUCAGCUUUCCUAUGUUUAGAAAAGGAAAGUAUUUUUAGUUAAUCAUGUAGUUAUUUAGAUUAACACUGUUUUUGUUAUACUUAAUUUUCUGUGCAAAUGGUGAAAAAGUAUAUUCUCUUUAUAAAGAAAAGAAUAAAUUUAAGAUGUGAAAAAAUGUAUGCAUUUGGAUUAUUUAAGAUAUUUAAUUUGAAAUACUCUGCUCAAGAAGCAUGGUUAUAUAAUAUGUGGGAAAGACAUUGUAACAUAGUCUUCAUUCUAUUUCAGUUUGUUGGAAACAAUGAAGUCAACUUGUAAAUUUUUGACUCGAACAAAUGUUAAAAAUUUGUAUACCGUGUGUUAAAUUUCAUAAUUUUUCUCAUUGUUCAUUUUUUUCUCAUUGUUAUUUAAAUUGUAGUUGUGUCUUCUUCUUUGUUCUGUUUUAUGUGAACUUGCAUCUGUCCUAUAAAUAUGCCAAGAAUUUGUGUUAAGUGAAAGAUAGACGCUGAAUGGAUUAAAAUAAAGCAAACUUGUGCUACUGUUUUUGUUGAGAAUUUUUGAGAACAGAGUAAAUGUUUACUGUUAUUUUAUGCAUUGAAUAUGAAUGCUUGUUCAGUUUCUUGGAAGUUUCAUUUUGUUUAUCAAUGUUCUCAUGUCAGUGUACUUAAAUACUCUGUGUAAAGUGUAUAAUACAGUAAAUGGAGGGAAGUUUUUAUGUUGGAAAUUUGUAAAUAAUUGAACUGACUUGACAUUGUGUUUCUUUGUACUUUUUAGUAAAUUUGUGUAUUACAAAAGCUACAAUUAAAAAUUAAACUUUGACUAA